ACUUUUCCCGCCCCGGAGUGGUAGAUAGUUCCGGGCUCGGGAGAAAGCUGUCGUCUCCAGAGCGCAGCUACAGCAACCCUCUCGUCGCCUCCGCUGCUUUGGGUGUCAGUCACCAUGACGGACCGAUCCACCUUCGACACGAACGUGACCACCCUGACUCGGUUCGUGAUGGAGGAAGGCAGGAAAGCCCGGGGCACCGGGGAGCUCACGCAGCUCCUGAACUCGCUGUGCACGGCUGUCAAGGCCAUCUCCACCGCCGUGCGCAAGGCGGGCAUCGCUAACCUAUAUGGAAUUGCUGGUUCUACCAAUGUGACAGGAGACCAAGUCAAGAAACUGGAUGUCCUUUCCAAUGACAUGGUGAUCAACAUGCUGAAGUCAUCUUUCACAACUUGUGUGAUUGUCUCUGAAGAAAACAAAGAUGCCCUUAUAGUGGAAGAAGAUAAACAAGGCAAAUACAUAGUCUGCAUGGAUCCACUUGAUGGCUCAUCUAACAUUGACUGCCUUGUUUCUAUUGGGACCAUUUUUGCUAUCUACAGAAAGGUUUCUCCUGGUGCACCGUCUGAGAAGGAUGCUCUGCAACCUGGGCGCAACCUUGUGGCCUCUGGUUAUGCCCUCUAUGGCAGUGCCACCAUGCUUGUUCUUGCUCUCGAAUGUGGUGUCAACUGUUUCAUGCUUGAUCCGGCCAUUGGGGAAUUCAUUUUGGUCAACAGGGAUGUAAAAAUAAAGAAAAAGGGAAAUAUCUUCAGCCUCAACGAGGGAUAUGCUGCAUACUUUGACCCGGCUGUCACAGAAUAUCUCAAGAAUAAGAAAUUUCCACAGGAUGGUAGCGCUCCCUAUGGCAGCAGAUACAUAGGUUCCAUGGUUGCUGAUGUGCACCGUACCCUGGUGUAUGGAGGAAUCUUCCUAUAUCCAGCCAAUUCAAAAAGCCCCAAGGGAAAGUUGAGGCUCCUCUAUGAAUGCAACCCCAUGGCUUUUAUCAUCGAGAAGGCUGGAGGUCUUGCAACAACAGGCAAGGAGGCUGUCUUGGACAUAGUGCCUGAAAACAUUCACCAGCGUGUGCCUAUUGUCUUGGGGUCUCCAGACGAUGUGCAGGAAUACCUAGCCAUGGUCAAGAAGCAUUCAGCUAAAUGAGGAGAGGGCGGCUGCAUCUGUCAUCGGAAUGCCUUUCCACUGGACAAGACCAUAACUGUGCAAAACUACGGACUGAAGCAAAUUUAUAGAAUGGAAAAGAGCCUUUACUUCAUUAUGCAUAAAAAGCAAACUCAAUGCGUUUUGCUGUGCCAUUAAAAACAAAUCUAAAAAGCUA